AUGCUCACUUUUCAUAAUGUCUGCUGGACACCCAGCUCCUUUCAGCUCAUUGGCAUCCCAGGGUUGGAGUUCUUGCAUAUCUGGCUCUCCAUCCCCUUUGGCUCCAUGUACAUAGUGGCUGUGGUGGGGAAUGUGACCAUCCUGGCAGUGGUAAGGGUGGAGCGUAGCCUGCACCAGCCCAUGUAUUUCUUUCUGGGUAUGCUGGCCGUCAUUGAUUUGGUUCUGUCCACUUCUACUAUGCCUAAAUUGCUGGGAAUCUUUUGGUUUGGUGCUGGAGAUAUUGGACUGGAUUCCUGCUUGGCCCAAAUGUUCCUCAUCCACUGCUUUGCCACUGUUGAGUCAGGCAUUUUUCUUGCCAUGGCUUUUGACCGCUAUGUGGCUAUCUGUGACCCAUUACAUCACAAUACAGUGCUCACCAGUGCGCUGGUGGCUCGUCUGGGACUGGCUGCUCUUCUCCGUGGGGUACUCUACAUUGCACCUCUGCCUCUGAUGAUUCGCCUUCGGCUGCCCCUUUACAAGUCCCGGAUAAUCUCCCACUCCUACUGUGAGCAUAUGGCAGUAGUUACUUUGACAUGUGGUGACAGCAGGGUUAACAAUGUAUAUGGAUUGAGCAUUGGCUUUCUGGUGUUGCUUCUGGACUCAGCAGCCAUCGCUGCCUCCUAUGUAAUGAUUUUCAGGGCUGUGAUGGGGCUUGCCACCCCUGAGGCCAGGCUUAAAACCCUAGGGACAUGUGGUUCUCACAUCUGUGCCAUCCUGAUUUUUUAUGUACCCAUUGCUGUUUCUUCUCUUAUUCACCGAUUUGGUCACCAUGUAUCUCCUCCAGUACACACGCUGCUGGCUAACUUCUAUCUUCUCAUCCCUCCAAUCCUCAAUCCUAUUGUCUAUGCUGUCCGCACCAAGCAGAUUCGAGAGAGACUUCUCCAAAUCCUGAAGGUAGAGAUGAAGAGCAGAUGA